AUGUCUGCUAUUGCUUCAAAUAGUACGAAACGUGGACUUUGUUGGCCAUGGAAUAAUCCGGCAUCAUCAUUUAAAUUAUUUUCACCAAGUGCCAUACCAUGGUUAUACAAUUGGGAAUUAUGGGAUCCACGAGCAUCAGGUGUUUAUGCACCAGCUGAAUAUGUUCCAAUGUGCAGAACACAAAAAGAAGUGUCACAAGUUCCUGGUUAUUUUUCAAAUUGUUAUGCCAAAAAUUUUCUAGGUUUUAAUGAACCAGAUUUACCAGCAGCUUAUGGUGGAGAUUAUAUAUCACCUUUUGAUGCUUCCGUUCUUUGGAAACAAUAUAUUCAACCAAUAAAACUCAAAUGUGGAACAGCAUUAGGUGCUCCAGGUGUUACAAAUGGUGUUGGUUCUGGAUGGGGAACAGAUUGGCUUCGUCAAUUUUUCAGCCAUUGUAACUUUCCUUCUUGUACAUUUGAUUUUCUUCCCAUUCACUGGUAUGGAAAUUCAGUAUCACAGUUUAAAGCGCAUAUAAUUAACGUUCAUUCGCUUUUUCCAAAUUAUCCAUUGUGGAUUACUGAAUUUCAAUUUACUGAUGUUUCAAGUACAGUAACAGCCGGUUAUGUAAGAGAAACUUUACAAUGGCUCGAUGCACAACCUUAUGUUGCAAGAUAUUCAAUGUUUGGGCCAAUGAAUUCUCCAAAUAUGGCAGGAAUUCUCAAUGGUGCGAUGGUUACAGAUGACCUUAGUCAGCUGACCGAAGUUGGCAAAAUUUAUGCUGGACUCGCAUAA